AUGGAAUUAGGUUUUGGUUUGUGCUCUAUCCCAUCCAGGUUGGCCUUUGCCAAUGAUCGAUGUCCAUUGGUGAGGAAGAAGUUUGAUGUGCGUGAUUUUGUCCAGGAUAGUUCUUUGUUUGUUCGGAUGUACCCCAAGAAAACUCUUUAUGAGUUGAACAAGUCGUUGGAUGAUGGAUUGUUUGUUGUUAGUGGAGUGGUGGCUGAACUGUCACAAAUUGAUCAAUGGUGGUACCCCGUCUGUGAUUGCCAAAAGAUUCUGAGGCCAUUGUUUGGUGCAUUUUACCGUGAUGAUUGUCAUCGGAGUGAUUUUAAUGCUAUGUCGAAGUGCAAAUUAAAGGUUGUUGUCAAUGAUGGGUGUGGGGCUGCUAUGUUUUUCUUCCUUGAUCACUUACUCUCUAGGAUUCAGUCUCUUAACUUUGAUUUGUUGUGCAGUAUCAUGUCAGAUUUUCUAAUAUCGUUUCUUUCUUCUAAUGUAUGCAGUGCUCUUUCUGGUGGAAAGAGCUUGGAUCCAGUGUUGGUUGGUGAGUUGUUGAAUGUUUUUUAUGAGCACAAUAAAUUAAUGAAGAUUUUUAGGAUGGUGCAGGAUUUUCGUGCAUCAAAUGAGAAUGUGCCAGUUAAGCUUCGUCUUUUUCGAAAUAGGCAAUUCGACUCGCGAGUUUAUAAUGUACCUGAAAUUGAUGCGGUGGCUGCGUUGAUAGUUGGGGAUUUCGAUAAUUCGGAAGAUGGUAGGGAUAUAGUUGUCCGAGAAAAGGAUGGGAUGUUGCAAAGGAUACAUGAGACCCAUUCAAAGUACAUUCCGUUGCAGUAUCCUAUUUUGUUUCCGUUUGGUGAGGAUCAGUACGAGGAGCAUAUUGAACUUAAUGUGUUAACGAAGAGUGGCCCCGUUAACAAACAUGUUCGUGUUACGUUGCGUGAAUUCAUGGCUUUCCGGUUGGUGGAGCGGACUGUCGAGAAUUCCAUUAUAUUUCAGAGUAAGAAACUUUUACAACAAUUUAUUGUUGAUUGUUAUUCGAUGGUUGAGAUGCAAAGGCUAUCGUAUGUUAGAUCUAAUCAGGGUAACAUCUGUUCUAGUUUUCUAACAGGUAUUGAGGAGGCAGUGGAACGCGGGGAUAUUGAAGCAUCUGACGUCGGAGCUAGGAUGGUUUUACCGGCUAUGUUUAAUAAUUGUCAGGAUGUAAUGGUGAUUUGCAAACGGUUUGGUUACCCUGAUUUAUUUUUGACUUUUACGUGUAAUUCAAAGUGGGUUGAAAUUCAGCGCCAUUUGUCUGGGACUGGCAAUUAUUCAGCUUUUAGGCCGGAUAUUGUCUGUAGAUUAUUUCUACUGAAGCUUGAGGAGAUGAUGCGUGAUUUUAAGAACCGAGAGGUAUUUGGGAGAGUAAUAGCUGGUCUUUACACUAUUGAGUUUCAAAAGCGAGGAUUGCCUCAUGCACAUAUUUUGUUGUGGCUUGAUCACAGGGACAAGCUUGUGUCUGCUGAGUCAAUAAACUCCGUUAUUUGUGCCGAGUUGCCUGAUCCAAGGAUGUUUCUGAAACUGUAUUUGGAUGUUACAAGUUUUAUGAUGCAUGGCCCAUGUGAUAAGGCGAGGUCUGAUUCCCAGUGUAUGAAGGAUAGGCGCUGUUCAAAGUUUUAUCCAAAGAAGUUUGCAUCUGAAACUUCAUUCGACGAGCGUGGUUAUCCAGUUUAUCGACGUCAUGAUACCAGAGUUACAGUUUCCAAAAAGGGUGUUGAGCUGGAUAAUAGAAGUGUUGUACCUUACAACCCAACGCUGCUUAUGAAGUACCAGGGGCAUGUAAAUAUUGAAUUUUGCAACAAAUCAAAUUGCAUUAAGUAUUUGUUUAAGUAUAUUACCAAGGGAGUUGAUAGAGUUACAGCUUCGUUGCAACUUGGUGAGGAUAAUUGCAUGGAUGAAAUUCAGCAGUAUUAUGAUAGAAGGUAUUUAUCUCCUUCCGAGUCUAUAUGGAGGAUCUUUAAAUUUGAUAUCCAUCGUCGUUGGCCUUCGGUCCAGAGAUUGACGUUUCAUCUGCGGGGUGACCAAAGGAUUAUUUUUAAGGAUCGUUCUAAUCUGGCAUCUGUUUUGACUAGAAAUAAGAAUAAGAACACUAUGUUUUUAGCUUGGAUGGAGGCCAAUAGAGAUUACUCUUCCGGUCGGGGGUUGACAUACAUCCAGUUUCCAAGCAUUUUUACUUACGACGCAGAGCUUCGAUCUUGGCAUCCCCGUAAGAGGGGACAAAUGAUUGGUAGGUUGACCUUUAUCCUUGCGACUUCACGUGAGCUAUAUUACAUGAGGUUGUUGCUGAAUAUUCAGGUUGAUUGUACAUCCUUUGAAGAUAUUCGAACUGUUGAAGGUCAUACAUAUGAUACUUAUCGCGAGGCUUGUGGUGCUUUGGGUUUGUUGGCUGAUGAUAGAGGUUUUAUUGAUGCCAUUCAUGAGCUCGCAAUUCUUGGUUCAGGACAUGUUGUUCGGAAGUUGUUUGCCAAUUUUUUGAUUUGUUCAUCGUUGGGUGACCCAUUGCGUGUGUGGGAGCAAACUUUGCCAGUUUUGGUUGAUGGGAUACUUUAUGAGCGGAGGAGAGCGUUGAAUUCAUCAGAUUUGAUUAUUUCAGACGCUGAUCUAGAGCAACUAUGUUUGGUAGAGAUUGAUAAGUUUCUCCGUCCUAAUGGAAAGAAACUGGAUGAUUUUGGUUGUUUGCCAAAGAUUGUUUCGCCGGUUGUUGAGGUAUAUAGUAACGUGUUGUUAGCCAACGAAUUGUCGUAUGAUCGCGGUGAGAUGCUUGCGAAGAUUGAUAAGGGUACUGAUAAGUCUGAGUUGUUGGAAAGAGCGUCUUUGUUUAUUUGGGAUGAGGCUCCGAUGAUUAAUCGUUGGGAUUUUGAGGCUUUUGAUAGGACACAUGGGCAUAGUUAG